AUGAACUAUAAUAAUUAUGGGGACUCAAACAAUGGUGGGAAUUCUAGGCUUCCCAAACCUACAUACUCUGGAACGUUAUCAGAUGAAUAUGACGAAUCAAAAAUUAAAAGACAAAAUGCAGAACCUAUUAGUAUAGGUUAUUCCCCCAAUUUGUAUUCAAAUUCUUCAUAUCAUGAGAAUUCAUGGAACAGCGGUUAUAAUUCCCAAUUGCAUACCUUAACCCCUCACAAUCAAUAUUUCCAUCCAACACAACCGCAACCAACUCAAUAUAAUUUUCCAAAUCCCACCAUUUAUACAAGAAAUGGGAUACCUCCAGUUGAUCAUCAUACGCCAUAUUCACCUCCAGAAUUACCAAAUCGACUUUCACCAUACUGCGAAAGCGCUACCGCCCUAAAACGAAGUAUUGAUUAUCGUAGGUCAGUUAGUUAUGAAGACGUCACGUUACCGGCUGCAAAGAAAGCCUGUUCGGUUCAGCAGGAAAAGAAAGAAGGCGAGAAGGUUUCCAGCAAAGAUAAUUUAAAGCUUCUAAAGCAGAACCAAAGUUCCCUGAAACCGUUGGAAAAUUCAAGAAAGAGUACCAAAGUAUCAAAUUUCAAUAUUCAAAGCAAUCACAACGUGGCACCAGAUAAAGAAAAAGAUAGCGAGAAAUCGGAAUCCGAGAGCUCGGAAAAGGUUGUCUUGGUUCCUGGGACUUCUAUCUCAUUAAUUACUGAUGAGGAUAUCAAAAAAUGGAGAGAGGAAAGGAAGAAAAUGUGGCUCUUGAAGAUUUCUAAUAAUAAAACGAAGCACAUGCAAAGCAUGGGUAUAAAAGAAGAGGAAUUAAAGGGUCGGCCUAGUAUUUUAAGAGAGUCAAGAAAAGAAAAGCAAUUUAUCCAGAGCAUUCAAAAUCAAGUGCAGAGAGGAAAUCCAAGAGUUGAUUUGAACAUAAAAUUGAUACAGCGAGAAUUUGCGAGCGAGAAUUCUCAGCUCCUGGAUUUUAUAAGGGAAUUGGGAGAUGCCGGUUUAUUAGAAUAUGAGUUAACUCAAGAAGAAAAGGAUAUACUUUUUGGUACCUUUGAAGAUAACAAUAGAAAUAAUUACAAACCUAACUACCGAAACAGGAAGACUAAUUUAAAUAGAAAUAACUUUUCUAGACAUAAGUAG